CGUUCCACUGUUCUGCUUUUGCAACCGCCCGGCUGACUGAUUGAUUGAUUGAUUUGUGAAGAAGCAGCUUCGUUGACCUCUGUUCCCGUCUAUGUUAUGUGCUGUCUGAAACAGCGGGAGUCUGAAUUCACCGUUGCGGAGCUAUGAGCGGCGGCAUGGGAUCACGGCCGGGCGAGACCAACCUCGUGCAGCCGAGAGGGCAGGGCGCGCUGCCGUCCGGCAUGGCGAUGCAGCCCUGGUGGACGGGCUCCGGGCUCGGCGCCGUGUCCCCGGCCGUCGUGGCGCCCGGGAGCGGGGCCGGAAUCAGCCUGUCGAGCAACCCGCAUGGUGGAGGUGGUGGUGCGGCCAAGGGCGCGCCGGGGAAGGCGGUCGACGACGCGCGCGCGGAGAGCAGCGAGGAUUCACGGAGAUCAGGGGAACCAAGAGAUGGGAGCUUUGAUGAAGAAAAGCAGCAUGCUACAUCUCAGAUGCCUGCUUUGGCUUCAGACUAUUUAGGACCAUAUUCACAGCUGGAGCUAAACCAACCAAUUGCUUCAGCUCCAUAUCACUACCCUGAAGCUUACUAUGCAGGCAUGGUUGGUCCCUAUGGAGCUCAAGCUGUGACUCAUUUCCAGCUACCUGGAUUAACUCAGCCUCGCAUGCCCUUGCCUCUUGAAAUAUCGGAGGAGCCUGUCUAUGUAAAUGCUAAGCAGUAUCAUGGAAUUCUAAGACGGAGGCAGUCACGGGCAAAGGCUGAACUUGAGAGAAAGGCGAUUAAAGACAGAAAGCCUUAUCUUCACGAGUCCCGUCACCAGCAUGCGAUGCGAAGGGCAAGGGGGACCGGGGGACGCUUCCUGAACACGAAGAAGGGCGAAAACGGCGCUUCCAAUGGCGAGAGAACUGAACCAAAUAAAGGGGAGCAGAACUCCGAGUAUCUCCGCGUACCUCCUGACCUGCAUCUCCGUCAGGCAUGAAGCAGCAGUUUGGCGACCUAGAACUGUGGCUUCUGUCCACCGGCAUACACGACACCCGGCGGUGGAUUGGUUUUCUCGCGAUGAGUCUUCUCUGCAUGCCAACGCUCGCAGAGUUCCAUUCUUCGGAAUGAGCCCGCGCCGGUUUAUCUGGGUGCACGAGUCCAUCCGUCCUGGUGUUUGUCUGAUGCCCUGGGUUAAGGGUCUGCUGUUUCAGGCAAUUCAUUCUUGGCUUUCACGUUUGUGUUCCCAUGUUUGUGUGUAAUGGCCGCAAGUGAAACUGGCCCGUGCCGCGUCCUCGGGGUGCCGCGGGACGCAUGUAAGAUUAAAUUGAGAUAGUGUUUGUUUGUACCACAGUAGAUUGAUUAAAGUUUGGCUUGCUUUU